AUGGAAAGUUCUAUGGCUUUGCUCUCAGGAGAGAGCCCCCCAAUUCCUAACUAUACCUGCAGGCCUGAGAAGACUGACAAGCUGGUUGCAGUGAUAGGAGGCAUUUCAACAUCAAUAUCCACUCAGAUCUCCCGAGUUUUAAGUCUCUACAAUAUUCCACAGAUCAGUUAUGCUCCUUUUGACCACAGUCUUGGGACCAAUGUCCAGCUCCAGUCUCCUUACCAGUUUCCAGUGCACANCGCAGCUCUGUAUCAGGGAAUUAUUCAACUGCUGCUAUACUUCACUUGGGUCUGGGUUGGCCUGGUGGUUCCAGAUAUGAGGGGAGAACUCUUCCUUACAGACAUCACAGAGGAGAUGACAAAUCAUGGACUUUGUAUUGCAUUUGCAGAAAAGGUUAAAGAAUUUUCUGCUACAAAAUCAGUAAACCGGAAAGAUUUUAUGGAAAGAGUCACAUUGACACAUGUUAUUGUUGCAUUUGGUGACACUCAUGAUUUUCUGAUUAGUGUCUAUCUCAGAAUUUACUAUGCUCCUUUUGGUAAUGUCUGGAUCACAACUUCUGAUUGGUAUAUCACAUUACCUAUUGAACAAAAUCGUAUUUAUAGACACUUUGGUGGAGGAUUAUUAUUUUUGUUUCACAUGGAUGAAAUUCUGGGAUUCAAGGAUUUUCUCAGAAGUGUUCAACCUAGAAAAUACCCUCAUGAUACCUUUAUCCAGGAUGUGUGGUCCAUCUUAUUUGAAUGCCCAUAUUUUGAUAAGGAUGGAGUCAGGGAACAAAGUCUAUGUGAGCCAAAUGGCAGCCUGAGCACACGACNUCUGCAUGCUUGGGAUAUNAAUACCUCACCCUCGAGCUACAAAGUCCAUGCUGCUGUGUAUGCCAUUGCCCAGGCACUCCAUGAAGAGCUGUCACUCAGAGUGGAAGGAGACUCACUGGAUAAAAGUGUACUCCGGGCUCCUUUGCCAUGGAAG